AUGGCGACCGAUCCGACCCAGAAUGGCAGCGAGAUGCCCGCUGAACCUCACAAAUCCUUCGAUACCAUCCUCGUCCUCGACUUCGGCUCACAAUUCACCCACCUCAUCACGCGCCGUCUUCGCGAAUUGAACAUUUACAGCGAAAUGCUGCCGUGCACCCAGAAAUUGGCCGAUCUGGAGUGGAAACCCAAGGGUGUCAUCCUCUCUGGAGGCCCCUACUCAGUCUAUGCCCCGGAUGCACCGCACGUCGACCCAGAAGUCUUCAAUCUGGGUGUCCCGAUCUUGGGAAUCUGCUACGGACUGCAGGAAAUCGCAUGGCACAAUGGAAAGGGGGUUGUGGCUGGUGAGAAGCGGGAAUAUGGAAGAGUCACGCUGGAAGUGACGCGACACAGCGGGAAGGCGGCGCAUAUCGAUCGGUUGUUUGAGGGCUUGGAGGACGGCUUUGAGGUUUGGGCUUCUCAUGGCGACAAACUGUCUGCGAUGCCCAAUGGUUUCUUGACAAUUGCCACGAGCACCAACGCUCCGUUCGCAGGAAUUGCACAUGAAACCAAGGACCUCUUUGGCAUCCAGUUCCACCCAGAAGUCAGCCAUACGCCCAAAGGAGGACAUAUCAUUUCGAACUUCGCUGUCAAGAUCUGCAAGGCCCAGCAGAAUUGGACAAUGGRCGCUUUUGUCGAGCGGGAAAUCUUGAGGAUCAGGGCAUUGGUGGGUGAGAAGGGACAGGUCAUCGGUGCGGUGAGUGGAGGCGUUGAUUCCACCGUUGCUGCCAAGCUUUUGCAACAAGCGAUUGGCGAACGCUUCCACGCCGUCUUCGUCGACAACGGAGUGAUGCGCCUGAAUGAAGCCAAGGAGGUGGAAGAGACUCUCACCAAGCAACUCGGUAUCAAUCUCACAGUCGUCAACGCAUCGGAUCUCUUCCUGGGACGAUUGAAGGGUGUGUCGGAACCGGAGAAGAAGCGCAAGAUCAUCGGAAACACAUUCAUAGACAUCUUCGAAUCGAAAGCGAAGGAGAUUGCCAAGGCGGCGGAAAACACCCCUCAAGCCGGCAAGAUCGAAUACUUCCUUCAAGGAACUCUCUACCCGGACGUCAUCGAAUCGAUAUCCUUCAAGGGGCCUUCUGCUACAAUUAAGACACACCACAACGUCGGUGGUCUACCCGAGAAGAUGGACCUGAAGCUCAUCGAGCCUCUUCGCGAACUCUUCAAAGACGAAGUCCGUAAACUGGGCACAGAAAUGGGAAUUCACGAAGAUCUCGUCUGGAGACAUCCUUUCCCUGGUCCUGGUAUCGCUAUCCGUAUCAUCGGCGAGAUCACACCCGAACGUAUUCGCAUUGCUCAAGAGGCCGACAAGAUUUGGAUCGAGGAGAUCCGCAAAGCCGGCUACUACCGUGUUAUUUCACAAGCAUAUGCAGCUGUUUUGGGAGUGAAGAGUGUCGCGGUUGUGGGUGAUYAGCGUCUUCAUGGAGAGAUCAUCCAUCUCCGAGCUGUGCAGACUACGGAUUUCAUGACCGCCAACAUCUUCACGGAUGCACCCAUGAGCUGGUUCGCGAAGGUGUCGGAUCGGAUUGCGAAUGAAGUCUCGGGUGUCGCGAGAGUUGUGUAUGAGACGACGAGCAAGCCUCCGGCUACCAUCGAGCUGGAGUAG